AUGGCUCUCAAGCUAUCUUUCCAGCUUCUCUUCCUCCUCAUUCUCGCCGCCGGCGCUGCAGUCGCUGCCACCGAAGACGAGGAGAUGAUCGCCGAAUCCAAACGGUGUGUGCAAGAGAUGCAGAAGAACCCUCUCACCAUCUGUCGCCUGUUCCUCAAAUACGGUGGUGAUAGUGCCGCCGGUCGCCCGUUCCUCGGAUAUGAAAGUGGCAAUGCCGAAAAUCUGAUCAAAUGCUGUGAACAGCUCCACCAGGUUUCCGACACAUGCCGAUGCGAGUUAUUAAACAAGAUGACCGGAGAGAUAAUGAAGAAGGAUAUGAAGGGCGAUCAGUACCAAGGUCAGCUUGAAGAGAUGAGGAUGAGAGGAGUGUUUCUUCCUCUCAUGUGCAACAUUGGGCCGCCGUGCCGCCUUAGCUAUGGCGGUGGCGACGCCGCCAUUGUUAAGUACUAA